GCCUGUUGUACUUCCUUGUACUCGAGUACUUAAUGGGCGCUACCCCACAUUACUGCGAUCUUGCAGCGGCUUGAGUCGACCGUGUGUCUUAAAUACCACUCGCAGCAAGGACGCACAACCCUCCCCGAUACUCUGUAGUACCCUGAAGUUUAUAGGACUCCAGUCAUGGCACCAAACAUCCCUAAGGAGCUUGAGGACGCUUUUAUCAAAGUGUCUUUCGAGGACGAAGGUGUUAGUCCUGAUCCCGGCGUUCAGGACCCUGCGUACACGCCAUGGUUCGACCAUGGUAAGUGACCAGAGACUCGUUGCGCACGCCCUUCUACAUAUACUUUUCCUAGGGUCAGCCAAGUUUGUUGAUCCUGCGGGUUUUGGCGCAAGGACUUUGCGCAAGCUCUACCCAAAUCAUACCAUUACCUUGUGCUCUUCCCCCGUAUUAGGUUACCCUGGUGCCGUGGUGCAACCCAUUUCGCCUCCCGACCUAGUGACGAACGUGUUCUUCGUUCCUCUGGGUAGGCAGAUGGGUCGCUCUUCCGGCGUACUCGUAGAUGCCAUACGAUUCGGCUCUUUCCGUGUUGCUUGGGAUAAAUACGACUUCAUCUUAUAUGUUGUCAAGUACCCGGUUGGAUUCGGGGAGGCCACUCAGCAGUACCUCCUGCACGAAGGUUCUGAGGAAGCGUCACGCGCUUUAUUGUUGGCUUCUGGCAUCUGGAGCAAUGAUCUUCACGAAGAAAUAUAUGUCUUCAACCAAGGAUUUUGGCGCAAAGACCGUUCCCUUUGGGUCGAUGUGCAACAGGCCAACUGGGACGACGUGAUUUUGAAGGAUGAGUUCAAAACCAAUCUCAAGAAAGACAUAUAUGGUUUCUUCGAUUCGGAAGCGCUGUACAAGUCACUCUCUAUUCCUUGGAAGCGCGGCAUCAUUAUGUUUGGCCCGCCGGGUAAUGGAAAAACAAUCAGUAUGAAAGCCAUCAUCAAGGACUGUGAUAUCAAAGGCUAUACCCCAUUGUAUGUUAAGUCGUUCCAGCACUGGAUGGGUGAUGAAGGCGGGAUGGCCGAAGUCUUUGGAAAGGCUAGACAAAUGGCACCCUGUGUGAUAAUCUUGGAGGAUCUUGAUUCUCUCAUCAAUGACCGUAAUCGGUCUUUCUUCCUCAACGAGCUUGAUGGUUUCCAGAGCAAUGACGGUCUGCUGGUCAUUGGGUCCACCAACCACUUUGAUAGGCUGGACCCUGGUUUGAACAGUAGGCCCAGUCGAUUCGACCGCAAAUACCCCUUCGACGAUCCCGAUGAGGAAGAACGCAAGUUGUAUGCCAAGUAUUGGCAGAAUAAACUCAAGAACAACAAGGAGAUCGACUUCCCGGACAGCCUCGUCGAUGAAGUUGCGACUGCUACCGAAAAAUUCAGCUUUGCUUAUUUGAAAGAGGCAUUCGUAUCGACGUUGGUUCUCCUUGCUGGAAUGGAGGAUGACAAGAAACCCACCUUCGCAACGCUCCUUCAGAAACAAAUCAAAUCUCUUCGCAACCAACUUGACAAGAGUCCCGAGCUCAAGACUGCCCCAGGGACAUCUCAGCCCAUUCCUGGCGCGUUUCCUUCAAGAGCGCCUCCGUCUCAACAACGAUCAGAGGGGCGAUUCCAAGGGGCUUUCAGCCAGUUUGCUAAUCAAUCACGCAUCUGGGAUAUCGGGACUCGCGGAGAUCCCAGUAUCAAUGCGCCUGGAGAUAUGUAUCCUGACAGCUCUCCAGGGCGGAGGUUUGAGGGUGGGCGCGAUGUGAGAAGUAUGGCUCUCGCUGCCGCUGCGUUAGGUCGCUCUUUUAUCGCGUGAGACUCGUUGCCCAUGAUAGAGCCUGGUUAUAUCCCUGGAUUGGAUUUGGAUUGGAUCAGAUUUUUUCUCUGAGUGCUUGUAUAGUAGACAUGUAUGCCAUGUAGAAAUUAUUCUUGCGAGAUAAGAACUCGCUGUCAUAUCCCGCAGACCGAGUCUGAAUUGUAAUCGGAUGGAUGAUUGACGAAU